AUGACAACAAAUAUUGAGGCUGGAAACGAUGAUACUUGGUAUCUUAACUCAGGAUGCUCCAAUCAUAUGACUGGACAUAAAGAGUGGCUAGUGAAUUUUGAUAUGAAGAAGAGAAGCAAGGUCAAAUUCGUAGACAAUAGAGUCAUUGAAGCAAAAGGAACGACUAGUGAUGUGCUUAUCCAAAGAAAAGAUGGAGGCCAGGCCUUGAUAACAGAGGUUUUGUAUGUUCACACAAUGAAGAACAAUCUGUUAAGCAUUGGUCAGUUACUGCAAAAAGGAUUCAGCAUGAACCUCCAUGAUGAUACAAUGGAGAUCUUUGACAGAAUGCAGAAGAAAAUACUGAAGGCCAAAAUCUCAAAGAACAGGACCUUCCAAGUGAAGCUAGGAGCAUUUGAUUCUUAG